UCAAUCAAUCAUUAAGGGGGGCGUAUCCCCUGCGUCCCCCCGAAUUCUGCAUCUGUGAUUAAUUGGGUGACCCUAAUCUGUUGGCGCGCUGUGGUGUGUCAACUCAUGGUAUUACAAUAAAAUGUUCUCCGCGUGCCUGGAAGUUUUGGCUGCCCCGUGUCAACAAAGUAGCUGACGCUAGCUGCUAAGGUAACAAGCUACACACUUUGGUGGAUUAGGAUGUUAAGACUAGCAUGGCGUCGGUCUGCGACCAGAAAUAGCCGCGUGGAGCCUGCACGAGUGUUGACAGCAGCUUUUUUAGGAGCGGACAGUCGACAGCACAACUCCAGGCGUAACAUCAGGUGUUCCACUCUAAUUCCCGACCCACCAAGCGGCAGGUCACCGCUCCACCACUAUCCCCAGCCGGCCUACCACAUCAGCUCUUCUGUCUUCAUGAGCAUGGCUUCAGGGGGUGAAGAGCCACCAUCCACCCCUCACAGACACACCAACAGGUUAGCCAAGGAGAGGUCGCCCUACCUGCUGCAGCAUGCACAUAACCCUGUUGACUGGUACCCAUGGGGGCAAGAGGCUUUUGACAAAGCAAAGAAUGAAGACAAACCAAUCUUUUUAUCAGUUGGCUACUCAACAUGUCAUUGGUGCCACGUUAUGGAGAGGGAGUCUUUCGAAGAUGAGGAAAUUGGCAAAAUCCUCAGUGACAACUUUGUCUGCAUCAAAUUAGACCGAGAAGAGAGACCCGAUGUGGACAAAGUCUACAUGACCUUUGUUCAGGCAACAAGUGGAGGUGGAGGUUGGCCCAUGAGUGUGUGGUUGACCCCUGACCUACGACCUUUCAUUGGAGGCACCUACUUUCCUCCUACAGACCAUGCAAGACGACCUGGGCUCAAAACAGUUCUCAACAGAAUCAUUGAACAGUGGCAGAAUAACCGUGCAGCUUUGGAGUCCAGUGGAGAGAGGAUCAUAGAAGCUCUAAAGAAAGGCACGGCUGUUGCUGCUAACCCAGGAGAGAGUCCUCCACUGGCCCCAGAUGUUGCUAAUCGCUGCUUCCAGCAGCUGGCGCAUUCCUAUGAGGAGGAGUAUGGUGGCUUUAGAGACGCUCCAAAGUUCCCGACACCAGUGAAUCUGAUGUUCCUCAUGACUUACUGGUCUGUAAACCGCUCCACCUCAGAGGGGGUUGAGGCUCUUCAGAUGGCCUUGCACACACUCCGUAUGAUGGCGCUGGGAGGCAUCCACGACCAUGUGGCUCAGGGUUUCCAUCGUUACUCUACAGAUUCCUCUUGGCAUGUCCCCCACUUUGAGAAGAUGCUGUAUGACCAGGCUCAGCUGGCUGUUGCCUAUAUAACUGCCUCCCAGGUAUCAGGUGAGCAGCUCUUUGCAGAUGUGGCAAAAGACAUCCUGCUAUACGUCUCCAGAGACCUGAGUGACAAGUCUGGAGGCUUCUACAGUGCAGAGGAUGCAGACUCUGUCCCAGCAUCAGGGGGACCAGAAAAGCGAGAGGGAGCUUUCUGUGUCUGGACAGCCUCAGAAGUUCGGGAGCUGUUGCCACAUGUGGUUGAGGGCGCCACAGGAGCUGCAACUCAGGCUGACAUCUUCAUGCACCACUAUGGGGUCAAGGAGCAAGGAAAUGUUACUCCAGAACAGGACCCCCACGAGCUGCAGGGCCAGAAUGUGCUGAUCGUGCGAUAUUCAGUAGAGUUGACGGCUGCUCGCUUUGGCAUCGGUGUCGAGAAAGUCAAUGAGCUCCUGGCGGUCGCCCGAGCCAAAAUGGCAGAAGUGAGGAAGAGUCGGCCACGCCCACAUCUGGACACCAAGAUGCUGGCCUCCUGGAAUGGUCUGAUGCUGUCCGCCUACGCUGGCGUCGGGGCCGUGCUGGGGGACAAGGCCUUGCUGGAGAGGGCAGUGCAGGCUGGCAACUUCCUCAAGAAGCACCUGUGGGAUGCCGAGCGACAGAUCAUCCUCAGAUCCUGUUACCGUGGAGACGAGAUGGAGGUGGAACAGAUAUCUUCGCCUAUCUCAGGCUUCCUGGAUGACUAUGCCUUUAUCAUCUGUGGCUUGCUGGACCUGUUUGAGGCCACUCAGCAGACGGAGUGGUUGCAGUGGGCUGAGGAGCUGCAGCUCAGGCAGGAUGUACUGUUCUGGGAUGAGCAGGGCGGGGGCUACUUCUGCAGCAAUCCCAGUGACAGCACUGUGCUGCUGCAACUCAAAGAGGAUCAAGACGGAGCUGAGCCCAGUGCUAACUCAGUGUCGGCGUCCAAUCUCCUGCGUCUGUCCCACUACACUGGAAGACAGGAGUGGCUCCAGAGGUGCCAACAGCUGCUGGCAGCCUUCUCCGACCGUCUGACCAGGGUUCCCAUAGCACUGCCGGAAAUGGUCCAGGCUCUUAUGGCCCAGCACUACACGCUUAAACAGAUUGUGAUCUGUGGCCAGAGGGAUGCCCCAGAUACUACAAGUCUCCUAGCAGCAGUCAACUCCCUCUUUCUACCACAUAAGGUUCUGAUGCUCAUCGACGGCAAAGCAGACAGCUUCCUGUGCCAGCGUCUGCCCGUCCUCUCCUCCAUGUUCCAGCAGGACGGUGUCGCCACAGCCUACGUAUGCCAGGACUUUACCUGCUCUCUUCCUGUCACCGACCCCCAGGAGCUGCGGAGGCUGCUGCUGGACGGGACCACGGAGACGUAGGCAGAAUGACGACUGAAGAACCACUGAGGUUUUAAUAGAAGGGCUGUCAUCUUCAUAGACUGCGCUCUUCCAAUCUGCAGCCUGAGCCUAGCUUACUUCUGCUGUUUUUGGCUUGUGUAGAGGCCAUUUCAGCUUGCUCCAAGUUACUCAGCCGCUUAGUUUGUAAGGCACCUCGGUUCCAAUCCCGGUACCCAUCUGCUAUUGGUCUGACGGGAAUAAGCCACUGGAAGAAAUGGCCAAUAUUUCAGGAGAUAAGCCAUAGCCAUCGGACAGUAACUCUUUGAGACCUGAGAAAUUUGGCCUUUUGCCUUUAAAAAAACAAUGGAGGAAGGCAAUGAGCAUCAAAAGAAAAAAAAAGAAAU